UCGUGGCCGUCAGUUCUCGCCUGUUUCGCUAAGGGUGCAGACCUGCUGAAUCGUCAUGUACACAGGUGCCGGGCAUGUGCUCGUCGCGAUCGCGAUCGCGCUCGUCGUCGUUUCGGCCGUGCCGCCGUCUCGCGGGGAGCUGAUCAUGGAAAUGCCCAAAUUCGCUGAACCGAUAACAAAUGUUACGGUUCCGGUUGGCAGAGAAGCAACAAUAGUGUGUAUCGUGGAUGACCUCGGUUCUUAUAAGGUGGCUUGGUUGCGGGUGGACACGCAGACCAUACUAACCAUCCACAACCACGUGAUCACGAAAAACCACCGGAUCGGUGUGUCGCACUCGGACCACAGGACGUGGCACAUACACAUCAAGGAGGUGAGAGAGUCGGACAAGGGAUGGUAUAUGUGUCAGAUAAAUACUGACCCGAUGAAAAGUCAACUGGGCUUCUUAGAUAUCGUCGUUCCUCCGGACAUAUUGGACUAUCCGACGAGCACGGACAUGAACGUCCGCGAAGGCAGCAACGUGUCGCUGAGAUGUGCGGCUUCGGGAUCACCUGCGCCCAAUAUCACGUGGCGUAAAGAAGGAUCUGAGCUCAUACUUCUGGAACACAGCCAACACGUGCACAGCGUCGAAGGGCCAGUUCUGAAUCUGACACGGAUCAGUCGCUCUCACAUGGGAGCGUAUCUGUGCAUAGCGUCAAACGGGGUACCGCCAUCGGUCAGCAAACGGAUUAUGCUGGUGGUGAACUUCCCGCCGAUGAUAUGGAUCCAGAACCAGCUGAUCGGAGCAUUCAUUGGCCAAUCACUGACUCUCGAGUGUUCGUCCGAAGCGCAUCCCAAGUCGAUCAACUAUUGGACCCGAGAGGCCGGCGAGAUCAUUGCUCACGGAGAAAAAUAUGAACCGGAAGAGUUUGUCACCGAACAAUAUAAAACGCGGAUGAAACUCACAAUUAAGUCUGUUACUGCCGAAGAUUACGGCACGUACAAAUGUUUGUCAAGAAAUGCACUCGGAGACACGGAUGGCACAAUAAAAAUAUACCAAGUGGCUAAUAACGGCGGACACAGCACUACGCGACCCAAGCACAGAUACAAGAACCGUAACCGGACCAGAAUACGAACGCAAUCGAAUGACAUUAGAGACUCUGCAUUCUUAUCGAAGGACGAAAAUAACGAAUUGCAGACAAAUUACGACGACGAUGGUGAAUUUGAAGAAUACGAAUCCGGAUCGCAAACUCAUCAACUAGCGAUUUACACCGCGAUUGUAUGCGUAAUCACGUUGGCGUAUGGGCACGAGUGACUCGAAAACACUACAAAAAAUACCUUGUCCAAUAAAAUUAAGAUUUAUUAUAAUAAUUUACUUAUACGCAUAGAUAAUAUUAAUAUAUAAUAUUGUAUGUUGUUAAGUCUGAAAUGUUUUUGGUCCUUUCGUGGUUUGAUUUUAUUUUUCUAGUCCGGUUUCUUGGAAUAAUGUAUUAAUUACUAUACACUUGAAUUCAACUAUGUAUAGUAGUAUUAUAUGAAUAGGUU